AUGUGGUCGAUGACAAGAACCUCGAUACUCCUUUCAACCUUGUUCCUCUUCAUUUCCGGAGCAACAGCCAACCCUCUCUCAUCCAAAUCAACAGGGACCAGAGCGAAACUCCCAACAGCCACCCUGUCAACAAGCAACAAGACCCCAAAGACUAUCUUUGUAGGCCGCUCUCUUCCAGAGUUCGACCAGGAUCUCUUCCUGGGCAUCAAGUAUGCCGAUGAGCCGAUCCGCUUCACACCAGCCGAGCUCAAGAGCAACUAUGCAUCCAAAGAUAGUAAUUCUGGACCCUAUAAUCAAUCCCUAGAAGGACUCGGCACCACUUCUAAGUCGGUGUACUACAAUGCUACAGAGUACGGCUACGACUGUCCUGGCUAUGGAUCUGAUACCACCAGCAUGGUUAACAAGGGUCUUAUCACCUUGAAUGAAGACUGUUUUAACUUGAAUAUAAUCCGACCUAAUACCGACGGGAGUCAUGGAUUGCUUCCAGUUAUGAUCUGGAUUUUCGGUGGUGGGUGGUCACAGGGUGCUACUGCUGAUCCGAGGUAUAAUAUGAGUUAUAUCGUUGAACAGAGCGUAUUGAACGGCAAGCCAGUCCUGGGUGUUUCUAUCAACUACCGUCUGGCGGCAUUCGGAUUCCUUGACUCGGAGGAAGUCAGGGCCGAAGGAAACACCAAUCUAGCACUGCGUGACCAGCGCACGGCUAUGCGCUGGGUGAAGAAGAAUAUCAAAGCAUUCGGUGGUGAUCCAAGCAAGAUUACUAUCUGGGGCGAGUCUGCUGGUGCAUAUAGUGUCGGGGCCCACCUGGUGACCAACAAUGGCGAUAAUGAGGGUCUUUUUAGAGCUGCAAUCCUGGAUUCUGGAAGUGCCGUGGGGCCCCCAUACAACGGAACAGAAUGGCACCAGCCAAUGUACAACCGAAUCGUCGAGAGAACCGGAUGCACCAAUUCAACGAAUACCCUACAAUGUCUCCGCGAGCUGCCCUACGCAGCCUUAUACAGCAAUGCAAACGAGGGUCUAGAGUGGUUUGCUACUGUCGAUGGCUCAUUCAUAGCCCAGUAUCCGCAAAUCAGCUACAAAGAAGGCAAAAUGACCCGAGUGCCUAUUUUAUUAGGGACAAAUACCGACGAGGGUACCAGUUUCGGGACGACGGGCACAAACACCGAUGAGGAUUGUAUCAAUGAAUUGACUACAUCCAAGCGCUGGGUCCUCAACAGUUCCCAGGCUACCGAGCUGCUAUCCUAUUACCCCGAUAUCCCCGCCAUCGGCUGCCCCUAUGGCUGGGGUAACACCACCUGGCCCUCGCUGGGACUCAUGUAUAAGCGCUAUGCAUCAAUUGCCGGGGAUAUAACCAUGGUAGCGCCACGACGCAUGUUAGCACAACGGAUGGCAACCUUCAGCGACAAUGUGUAUUCAUACAGAUGGGACGUGGCAGCGUUGAACAGCUCAACAACGAUCGGGGUGCAACAUUUCGCAGAGAUCCCUUUCGUCUUUGCAAACCCAGUACAGACAAUCACACCGCUAGGAUCCGACCCCGCGCGCUUGGAACUGGCACAGACGGCAGCGCGGAUGUGGACGUCAUUCGUGGCAGACCUAGAUCCCAAUGGACAUGGUGUGUCUGAUGUUGCUGAAUGGCCCAAGUAUUCGUCCCGCGCGACGAAUUUUGUUUUCCGCUUACCCCAAAAUGAGAGUUAUAUCGAGGCCGACACGUACCGUGUCGAUGGGAUGGAUUAUAUCAAUAGUAUCGCGCGGUGA